GUACAUGUGUUAAUACAAUUUGAAAUUGAAUACUAACAUCGUGCAUAAACGGAAGUAAACUGAUUUGAUUCACCAACUUUGAUGUACUGCCAUUAAACGUAUCCGAUCCUUCUUCUGUAACUAACGAGACAAAAUGACCUGCAAACGCAGAAACGGUGGACGUGCCAAGCAUGGCCGUGGCCAUGUAAAUCCUGUUCGUUGUACAAAUUGUGCGCGUUGUGUACCGAAAGAUAAAGCGAUUAAGAAAUUUGUUAUUCGCAACAUUGUGGAAGCAGCUGCUGUUAGAGACAUAACAGAGGCAAGCUUUUAUUCUGCCUAUCAGCUUCCCAAAUUAUAUGCGAAGUUGCAUUAUUGCGUUUCUUGCGCUAUUCACUCUAAAGUGGUACGCAAUAGAUCUAAAGCAAAUCGUCGCAUUAGAACUCCACCAGUCCGCAAUUUCCCAAGGGAUUUGCGUCAAGGACAGCAAAACAGAAAAUAAUUGUGCUAUGUAAAUUUUAAGUAAAAAUAAAAAAAUUAAAAUCGA